AUGGGAGACCCUGAAGCAGGCAAGAAGAUUUUCAUUCAGAAAUGUGCUCAGUGCCACACAGUGGAAAAAGGUGGAAAACAUAAGACUGGGCCAAAUCUCUGGGGGCUCUUCGGCCGAAAAACAGGGCAAGCACAAGGAUAUUCGUAUACCGAUGCAAACAAAAAUAAAGGUAUUGUCUGGGGAGAAGACACUCUGAUGGAAUAUUUGGAGAAUCCAAAGAAAUAUAUCCCUGGAACUAAAAUGGUCUUUGCUGGUCUUAAAAAGAAGAGUGAGAGAGAACAUCUUAUUCAGUAUUUGAAACAGGCCACAUCAUGA